GGUCUGCGUCUCCGGCGGGCAGCCGUGGCAGAGUGGGGACCCCCCCAGCUGUCAGCUGGGAUAGGGCAUGGUCCCUGUCACCGUCUGUCACCGGGACGGAGCGGGUCCCCGUCCCCAUCGGUCAUCCACACGGAGCGGGGUCCCUCCUGUCAGUCACCCGUGACAGAGCGGGGUCCCCCGUCAGUCGCUCUGACAGAGCAGGGUCCCCAUCCCCGUCUGUCACCGGGACAGAGCAGGUCCCCCUAUAAGUCACCCAGCUGGAUUGGGGUCCCCUCGUCACUCACCAGGCCAGAGGGCUCGCACCUGGGCUGUGCCUACCCCCAGUGAGCCCCCGGUUCCAGCCCGGGCUGGAGCAAGGUCCCCCUUCCCCAUCUGUCACCCAGCCAGAGCAGGGUCCCCCCAUCGGUCACCGGGAUGGAGAGGGGUCCCCUGUCAGUCACCCGGCCAGAGUUGGGACCCCCUGUCAGUCAUCAGUGGCGCAGCGGGGUCCUUCUGUCAGCCGCUCUGUCAGAGCGGGGUCCCCAUCCCUGUCUGUCACCAGUCUGGAGCAGGGUCUCCCUCCCCAUCUGUCACCAGGCCAAAGUGGAUCCCCAUCCCCUAUAAGUCACCCAGCUGCAGUGAGUUCCCCCCUGUUGGUCUCCCAAGCCAGAGUGGGGUCCCCCCAUCGGUUACCCAUCUGGAGGGCUCGUACCUGCCCCGUGCCUUCCCCUGUCGAGACCCCGUCACCCCAGGGACGUGCAGGGUUUGUGCCCCUUGGCUCAGCCCGCGCUGAGGCGCUGGCUGGGAGGCAAAGGUGCUGAGCCCCAGUGCCAGGUGGAAGCGUGAUGUGUGGAUGGAAGGAGCUCAGGUGUUGCCUUCCCUCCUUAAAAUAAUAAAGUUUGGGAGCGUUGUUGUGAAUGGUGCACUAUACUGUCCGUCCUUAUCUGUGUAGGGUGUUGGUGAUGUAUAGGAAACACAGCACAAAUUACCCAAAGUGAGAGGGGCAGGAUCAGUGUGCUCCAUGUUCUUGUCGUUUGGUUUUUCAUAAAGUUGUGGUGGGCUUCCUCGUGAUACGCUGAAUAAAACCAGCUGCGGAGAUGCAGAGGGUUGCACGGCUGUGGGGAUAACGGGGUGUUUGCCAUCCUCACCCCUCGGGCUGCGCAGGGGAUGGAGGCUGCAGUAGACCGAGGGCCUCUAGGUCUUAUUUCCAUUGCACAGCUCCUGGCGUGGUCCUGAGGGAGCUGGCGGGUUGUGGCCUCGCUGUAUUUGUGGUGGUGGCCACGGUUGAAGUUUGGUGGCCUUUUACAGGAGCUGCUGGAACGAAGGAGUCCGCUGGGACUGCGGUGGUAGUGACAGAGAGGGGACAGGGCCUGCCCUGGAGGUGGCGUGGCCGCAGGCAGGGAAGCAAUCAGUCAGGACAUCGGGUAGGGGAAGAUGAAGGUGACAAAGGGACGAAGCAUGACCGUGGAAACAAGGAUAUCAAAGAUUAGGAAAGAAACUGUGCAGGAAAGAUUGUUGGAAAUGGGAAGAGGAGGAGGAAGAGUGGGACUGAGUAGCUGAAAAGGAGGAAAAGAGGACAGCGUGGAACAAAGAUGACGGUUUACCUGAAGGAGUUCCGCACGGAGCAGUGCCCUCUCUUCGUGCAGCACAAGUGCACUCAGCACCGGCCCUACACUUGCUUCCACUGGCACUUUGUCAACCAGCGUCGUCGCAGAUCUAUCCGCCGCCGGGAUGGUACAUUUAACUACAGCCCUGACAUCUACUGUACCAAGUAUGACGAGACCACAGGAAUCUGCCCAGAAGGAGAUGAAUGCCCCUUCUUGCACAGAACUACUGGAGACACAGAGAGGAGGUAUCACUUGCGCUACUACAAAACUGGAAUCUGCAUCCAUGAGACAGACUCCAAGGGAAACUGCACGAAGAACGGAGUCCACUGCGCUUUUGCUCAUGGACCCCAUGAUCUACGCUCUCCGGUGUAUGACAUCAGGGAGCUUCAGGCCAUGGAGGCUUUGCAGAAUGGUCAGACUACAUCAGAAGGUGGCAUAGAGGGUCAGUCUGCGGUUGCUGCUAGCCAUGCUAUGAUAGAAAAAAUACUCAGCGAGGAGCCAAGGUGGCAAGAUACAACGUAUGUGUUGGGAAAUUACAAGACAGAGCAAUGUAAGAAACCCCCCCGCCUCUGUCGCCAGGGUUAUGCCUGUCCCUACUACCACAAUAGCAAAGACAGAAGAAGAAGCCCAAGAAAACACAAAUACAGAUCUUCGCCGUGUCCCAGUGUGAAACAUGGAGAUGAGUGGGGAGAUCCUACCAAGUGUGAAAAUGGAGACUCGUGCCAAUACUGCCACACUCGCACAGAGCAGCAGUUCCAUCCAGAGAUCUACAAAUCCACCAAGUGCAAUGAUAUGCAGCAGUCUGGCAGCUGUCCCCGAGGACCCUUCUGUGCCUUUGCACAUGUAGAACAGCCCCCUCUCAAUGAAGAUUUACAGCAAUCCUCGGCUGUGUCUAGCCCUACCCAGACAGGCCCUGUGAUGUAUAUGCCAUCAGCAGCUGGUGAUUCUGUUCCAGUCAGCCCUUCCAGCCCACAUGCUCCGGACCUUAGCAAUGUGUGGAGUAAAGCAGGAACUCUGCCAACUAGCCCCACCUCCACCACAAUUCUUUGUAGGAACAGCAGUCUCGGAAGCCCAUCUAAUAUAUGUGGGUCUCCUCCUGGCGCAAUUGGAAAGCCACACAGCUUGGAGAGCAUUGGUUUUCCUCCAGAUUCAGUAACGGCAGCCGGCAGCUACAAGAAAGCACCGGGGUUUGAGCGAGAAGAUCAGGUGGGGGCCGAGUAUUUGAAGAGUUUCAAAUGCCAGCAAGCAAAAAUGAAGUCCCAUUCACUGGAACACAGGAGCCAGGAGCAGCCUUUGUUACAACCCAAACAGGACAUACUGGGUAUUCUCCCAGUGGGGAGCCCACUGACAUCCAGCAUCUCCUCCAGUAUCACCUCCAGUCUGGCUGCAACACCACCAAGCCCUGCUGGCACCAGCAGCAUACCAGGCAUGAAUGCCAAUGCCCUUCCCUUCUACCCAACCAGUGACACCGUUGAGUCCGUCAUAGAGUCUGCCUUGGAUGACCUGGACCUGAAUGAAUUCGGAGUGGCUGCCCUGGAGAAGACAUUUGACAGCAGCACAGUGCCCCACACGAGUGGCAUCAUGAUAGGUGGGAGUUUGCUGCAAAGUUCUGCUCCUGUAAAUAUCCCCGGCUCCCUUGGAAGCUCUGCCUCCUUUCACUCUGCCUCUCCUUCUCCACCGGUCAGCCUCUCAUCGCAUUUCCUCCAUCAGCCCCAGGGACACUUAAGCCAAUCAGAAAACACGUUCCUGGGGACAUCAGCUUCUCAUGGAUCAUUAGGUUUAAAUGGGAUGAACAGCAGCAUAUGGGAACACUUUGCUUCGGGGAGUUUUUCGCCCAGUACCUCACCUGCAUUUCUGUCAGGUCCAGGUGCUGCGGAGCUGGCACGACUACGACAAGAACUGGAUGAAGCCAAUGGCACAAUAAAGCAGUGGGAAGAGUCUUGGAAACAAGCCAAGCAGGCUUGUGAUGCUUGGAAAAAGGAGGCAGAGGAAGCAAAUGAUCGCGCCAACACAGCUAACAUGGAAUGUGAACUGGCUCGGGAGCAGAGGGAAGCCUUGGAGCUGCAAGUGAAGAAACUGCAGGAGGAGCUGGAGAGGAUCCACACGGGCCAGGACCCUCAGUUUCUGCGCUCCUUCUCUGACCUGGAAACUCUCUCGCUUUCUUCGCUUUACACCCUCCAGAAACAGUUGCGGGCAAACCUGGAGAAAGUCGAUAAGGCAGUAUUUCAGAUGCAGUCAGUGAAAUGCCUUAAGUGUCAGGAAGAGAACCGGGUGGUGUUACCGUGCCAACACGCAGUGCUGUGUGAAACGUGCGCCGAGGAGGGCGAGUGUCCCAUCUGCCAUCCCAACAGGCCCCAUUCUCUCCAGUCGUGACCUUCCAAGGACGCUUGUUCUAAUCAUAUCGUAUAGAACUUUUUAACUUUAUACAUACGUACAUAUAUAUGUAUGUGUACAUAUAUAUAUGUAUGUGUAGAUAUAUAUAUGUAUAUAUGUGUGUGUAUGUGCAUGUUUGUGUAUGUAUAUAUAUGCACACACAUGCACAUACCCACAUAAAACAAAAAUUAGUUGCAGAGCACUUUUUAAUAUUUUACAACCCGUAUCUAAACUGCCCCUCACCCGUGCCCCACUAAUUCUAACUCUUGAGGAACUUUGAGAGCUGUUUUUAAUACAGAUCAAAGGGCCAUUUGCAAAGAGUCUGUGUUUCUCCUCUUUUCUAUUUAGGUGAUAACAAAUUUUUGACUAUUUCCAGAAGGAUUUAGAGUGGGCAAGAGGGGCUUCCACGUGCUUUCCAGAGGAAGAGUUGAGAUCAUGGGGAGGAUCGAGGUGGAUUGAAAUGACUUUUUUCAUGUCUUCGGUCUUCCUGCUCUUUCACUGACCCAGCUUGGUUAAAGCCGUCCUCCCUGAUGGAAGCUCCGCUGGGUCCCUGCCUGGUGGGCCUCACAUUGCCGAUCUCUGAAUGUGCAGAAACUUUGUCUGUCAUUUAAAACAGCAAAGUUCACUUUUUAAAAAUUUUUUACACUCUUUGUAUAUUUAUAUGAAAAGAAAAAAAAAAAAGGGGGAAAAAUAUAUU